GUAUUUUCAAGAACUAUUCAACACUCUUCGACAGCGUUUAUAUAAAGGCAAUUUAUAAGACGCGAUUCGUUUUCUGAAAUAUUUAAUCGCUUAAAGAUUUCUGGGACCGUGUUGUGUAAUACACUGGCCCUAAAAAAUAAGAUGACUAUCGGCGCAGCAUUUACGGUCACGAUUCUUCUCGUGAUAAUGGCAGAAGCAAAUGGUUAUUUCCUCCUAAAAGAUGUUGUUAAAUUCACGAAAGUGGCUGGGGAGUUGCAAACGGAAGGUUACAUCGUAGAUAAACCCGCGUAUUCUAGCAGCGAACCAGUUAUUGAUACAUCAAAUAUUAGCUGGGAAAACUUCGACAACUGUGAUUUGUAUACUAAGCUAAGCAUAGCCGCCGCUGAAAGAACGGCGAAUAAGACCAAUGAUGCUGAUAACAUUGUCGAAUCGAUUAUGCAAAACCCGUUAUUGGUGUCCGACCAUGUAGCUCCACUUGAAAGAGUAGACAAGUUCAUUCCAGAGAAACGUGGAUGGUUUGACUUUUUAAAAUCCAAAAUUAAUCACCUUCAAGAUAUAAAAGUAUGGCUGAAGAAAGUAGUCAACAAGAACGUUUUUUUGAAGAAAUUUGGUGACGAUUUUCCUAAAAAAUUUGCAAAAUUGUCUUUAUACCGUUUGAAGUAUUUAAAAAGCAUUUGUGAAAAUCAGGUCGAUGGAGCAGAAGACGAACGCUUAAUGGAUUUCAAGAUUUUGGAUAUGCCAGCAAAGACCAACGAACGUGUCCAUCUCCAUGUCUAUAAGAUGAAAGUCUGGGUUGACUGCGAAUCCUCCACCAACAUGGGAGGUUUAACUUAUGAAUACACUAAAUAUUCUUUUAAGGCAAGGAAUGCUCUAAUAGAUAGAAUGAGUAGCACUGCAAUAAACAGAGGUGUGGAAGCGCUAAAAUGUUUCCUUAAAAAGGUUGUAGGGCCAGAGCCUUUUCGCAAUGCGACUACAACACAAAAACCAGCGACUACGACUACUAUUAAGACUACUGCUGCAGCUACUCCUGCAAACGGAAUUAAGCCGACAAUGAAUAUUCAUCUCGUGGGAGAUUGUGAACAACAAGAAAAUGAGUAAAGUUACUUAAAUUUUAUACGAAAUAAAUGCGAUACAUCAACUCCAAA